CGAGCUGCGGAGCCGGGCUUAGGGACGAGCGGCCGCGGCACGGGGCAUGAAGUUGGGUGCGCGCGGGUCUCGGAGCGGAGGCGCGGCACAGCCGGGAGCCGCCCUCGUCUAGAGCCCGCUCGGUGCGCCAUGGAGAUCGGGGGCCCCGGGGCGCCGCCGCCGCUGCUGCUACUGCCGCUGCUGCUGCUGCUAGGGACCGGCCUCUUGCCUGCUAGCAGCCACAUAGAGACCCGGGCCCAUGCGGAGGAGCGGCUCCUGAAAAGACUCUUCUCCGGCUACAACAAGUGGUCCCGGCCAGUAGCCAAUAUCUCAGAUGUGGUCCUCGUCCGCUUUGGCUUGUCCAUUGCUCAGCUCAUUGACGUGGACGAGAAGAACCAGAUGAUGACAACCAACGUGUGGGUGAAGCAGGAGUGGCACGACUACAAGCUGCGCUGGGACCCUGGUGACUACGAGAAUGUCACCUCCAUCCGCAUCCCCUCUGAACUCAUCUGGAGGCCUGACAUCGUCCUCUACAACAAUGCGGACGGAGACUUUGCAGUCACCCACCUGACCAAGGCCCACCUGUUCUAUGACGGAAGGGUGCAGUGGACACCCCCGGCCAUCUAUAAGAGCUCCUGCAGCAUCGACGUCACCUUCUUCCCCUUCGACCAGCAGAACUGUACCAUGAAGUUUGGAUCCUGGACCUACGACAAGGCCAAGAUUGACUUAGUGAGCAUGCAUAGCCGUGUGGACCAACUGGACUUCUGGGAAAGUGGGGAGUGGGUCAUCGUGGAUGCCGUGGGCACCUACAACACCAGGAAGUACGAAUGCUGUGCCGAGAUCUACCCUGACAUCACCUAUGCCUUCAUCAUCCGACGGCUGCCGCUAUUCUACACCAUCAACCUCAUCAUCCCGUGCCUGCUCAUCUCCUGUCUCACCGUGCUGGUCUUCUAUCUGCCUUCGGAGUGCGGCGAGAAGGUCACACUGUGCAUCUCGGUGCUGCUUUCUCUCACCGUCUUCCUGCUGCUCAUCACCGAGAUCAUCCCGUCCACCUCGCUGGUCAUCCCGCUCAUCGGCGAGUACCUCCUCUUCACCAUGAUCUUCGUCACCCUCUCCAUCGUCAUCACGGUCUUCGUGCUCAACGUGCACCACCGCUCGCCGCGCACACACACCAUGCCCGCCUGGGUGCGUAGAGUCUUCCUGGACAUCGUGCCUCGCCUCCUCUUCAUGAAGCGCCCCUCGGUGGUCAAAGACAACUGCCGGAGACUUAUCGAGUCCAUGCACAAGAUGGCCAACGCCCCCCACUUCUGGCCAGAGCCUGUGGGCGAGCCCGGCAUUUUGAGUGACAUCUGCAACCAAGGCCUGUCACCUGCCCCAACUUUCUGCAACCCCACGGACACAGCAGUCGAGACCCAGCCUACGUGCAGGUCACCCCCCCACGAGGUCCCUGACUUGAAGACAUCAGAGGUUGAGAAGGCCAGUCCCUGUCCGUCGCCUGGCUCCUGUCCUCCACCCAAGAGCAGCAGUGGGGCCCCAAUGCUCAUCAAAGCCAGGUCCCUGAGUGUCCAGCAUGUGCCCAGCUCCCAAGAAGCAGCAGAGGAUGGCAUCCGCUGCCGGUCUCGGAGUAUCCAGUACUGUGUUUCCCAAGAUGGAGCUGCCUCCCUGGCUGACAGCAAGCCCACCAGCUCCCCGACCUCCCUGAAGGCCCGUCCACCCCAGCUUCCCGUGUCAGACCAGGCCUCUCCAUGCAAAUGCACAUGCAAGGAACCAUCUCCUGUGUCCCCAGUCACUGUGCUCAAGGCGGGAGGCAUCAAAGCACCUCCCCAACACCUGCCCCUGUCACCGGCCCUGACACGGGCAGUAGAAGGCGUCCAAUACAUUGCAGACCACCUCAAGGCAGAAGACACUGACUUCUCGGUGAAGGAGGACUGGAAAUACGUGGCCAUGGUCAUUGACCGAAUCUUCCUCUGGAUGUUCAUCAUUGUCUGCCUUCUGGGCACUGUGGGACUCUUCCUGCCUCCCUGGCUGGCUGGUAUGAUCUAGGGACGACGUGGUGCCCAGCUCCCACGUCUCUGUAGGGCCAUACGACUCGUCAGUCACCCACACCUUCCAAACCAGCUGGCCAUGAGACACCUAGGAGAGAGAUGAUGCUUCUUGGGAGCUGGAAGUUGGCCCUGGUUCUAGUCAGACUAUGGGCCUGGUUGGAGAGAAAUGAGGGCUGAUACAGUUGCAGGCUGAGUCCCCAUUAAAGUUUCUCCAGAGCAAGUGACAGUCACUCCCUGACUUACAGACAGCAUACACCCAUCUGUGUCACAGAGAAUGAUCCCGAGUUGAUCUCAGUUGUCCUUUGAGGCCACAAAAAAAUUCAUCCACCUUCAGGAACCAGAGCCUCUCAUGCUGUGGGAUCCAUAAGACCAGGAAACGCCCACUGUGCCUCUGCUGGCCACACCCUCUCCCUCCCCCAAGAAGUGGUCCCCUCAUCCCUCUAGGUUGGGCUACUCUCUGACUCAGAGGUGUCAGGGGUGAGCCCGGGCAGGUUUUUAUCUUGUUUAGGUUGGGACAAAUUGGUGAGAAACAGAACAGUGAGCUAUAUGGAUGGGUCCCACUCACAGGAGACCGAGUUCAGGCCCUCACAGGUAGACUGAAGCACCACAGGAAUCCUGCUUCCACCUCAGGGUCACAGGGCUCUGUGGUGAGCAUUUCCUAGGGUCCAGAGACCCCAGGAGGGCAAGAGCAUUGGGAGUCUCAGGGUUGUGAUGGAGCCAAAUCAUGUCCAGGGCCUGGACAUCCCCUCAUGGAUCUUCCUUGAUAUCCCUGUAUGCUUCUGCCUCUCUGGGAUUAGAAGGCUGAAGGUAAGACUUCUCAUGACAGUCCUGUGGUAUGGCCACAGUUCCUCCUCAAUAUGUCUCUCUAGACCAGCAGGAGUGAUGGGAAGCCCCUUCGAUGUUGUGGAAUAGGGUGAGCUGCCAAGAGACUCUAAGAAAACA